UAUAUAAUAGCAAAGAUCGGCUUUCUCUCUAUUUUUAUGACUGAAAUGUAAAUUAGUAUUGAGUACGGGGAUCUCAAGGCAAGUGUCCUUGGUAAUCCUACCCCUUGGGAGUUGAAGAUGUAUAAAGACGAACGACGUAAGGCUCAAUGGCGCACAACUGUUGGAGUGGUUGAGUGAAGUAUUAGGUGUCGAUUAUGGCGAAAUUUGAAAUGUUAUUACUCGCGAUGUCACUCAUCUCCCUUGCAUCAUCUCGACCUCAGCAGAUCGACCCGGAUGUGCCCACCCCGUACGAUUUUCAAUAUAAAGUCGAAAAUCCGCCGACGAACACGUUCUUCGGUCAAAGCGAAAAUGGUGAUCCAGCUGGAAACGUUGCCGGUUCUUACUAUACCGUUCUACCAGAUGGACGUUUACAGACGGUGGAGUAUUUCGUAAAUGGAGAAUCGGGUUACGUGCCUAGGAUUACGUAUCAACCUUUUAGUGGGUCUAUCUAAUGGUCUUAUGUGAACGAUUAUUUAAUAUUAUUUUUUGUAUGCAACCAUUGCGAAUAAAUGUUUUUUUUUUACUCUAA